AUGGCUCCACCAGCAGUGCCCAGCAGCGAGGUGCUCGUGCAGUUGUCAGGGCGCUUUCGCACCGCGAGCACCUACAAUAUUUCUGUCCAUUUCUGUACAACUAAAUUCAUUGUUGCUCUCCGUCAGUUUGCUAAAAUGCUGCCGUUUAUCUUAGAGGCCACUGAAGUGUCUUGUUACCUUCAAGCAAUUGAUCCAUCAUUAUUUUUGAAAUUGGUGACAAAGUUGGGACUUAUGAGACACAAACUGGUGAGAAUGCAGCAAAACAAGGAAGCGCAGAAUCCGGGGACCGAUUUGCGCGAGGCCGAAUCCUCCACCGAAGGACUAGAGUCGGCCUUGCCGAAUUUUGCGCUUCAAAACGUCACGCUGUCCUUGCAGAGUGCUUUGUUGGCAACCUUGCAAAGAGCAGCUUUGUUUCCUCCAGGUGCUGUUGCAGCAGCCCUCAAUCUCCAGGCUUUUGAGACAUACUUGACGCUCCACAGACUCCAGGUUACUUCGGCAACUGUUCCAAGCUAUUCAUCAACACAAUCACGUCUUCCACAGCCAUCAUUGUCAGCUACGUCGACUUCAACAUCAACCUCGUCAACAUCAACAUCAACUUCGACAUCUACAUCAGGAAAAGUUGAGCUAGAAGCUCUGCAAUCGACAAAUCUUGAUGAUGAUGAAGUGUCCCACCUGGACUUUGUAGCAGACCCCGAUGACCUGGCCUUGUUGGAAGAGGACGAGGUUUUCCGAGAAAAUUUGGACUCUUCCAUGAACCAGGACAUCUUGCUGCAGCGAAUCGCCGAAACUUCUCAAUCGCUCCCCAAAGUUCCGCAGUCUCCGAAUUCGGCGAUUUCUUCCUCGGUGGCUGCUACUUCUACGAGCGACUCCAACAUACCCAGGAGUUGUCGCUCUUCCAGGCCCAAGAAACAGUUUAUUUGUAAAUUUUGCAGUAGGCAGUUUACGAAAAGUUAUAAUUUGUUGAUUCACGAAAGGACUCAUACUGAUGAGAGACCGUACUCCUGUGAUAUUUGUGGAAAGGCUUUCCGACGGCAAGAUCACCUCAGGGACCACAGGUAUAUUCACAGCAAAGAGAAGCCUUUCAAGUGCGCAGAAUGCGGAAAAGGAUUCUGCCAAAGCCGUACCCUUGCGGUGCACAAGAUUCUCCACAUGGAGGAGUCGCCCCACAAGUGCCCGGUCUGCGCGCGCAGUUUCAAUCAGCGCAGCAACUUGAAGACGCACUUAUUGACCCAUACGGACAUAAAACCGUAUCACUGCGCCUCCUGCGGAAAAGUUUUCCGAAGAAACUGCGACCUCCGCAGGCACUCGCUGACCCACAAUUUGGGCCUCGGGCCCAGCUCCGUCCUCCAGGAGACUUCCUAG